AUGUAUUCUCGUUUUGUAUGUCGAUCAAUUCAAAAUUCGACAACAUCGUUGAUUUUUAAUCGUUUUCUAUCAUUAACUCAAGUACAAUUAGCAGCCGCAACAAAAUUAAAAGAAAAACCAGCAACAACAGCAAUACCAUCUGAUACAACAACUGCUAAUACCGAAAAAACAUCAACUACAACAGCGACAACAACAAAAAAAGCGAAUGUUAUAUCAGCUGAAGAUAAAAAACCAAUUCCAUCGCCAACAUCAGGUUUAAAUGAUCCAAAUAAAACUUAUUCGGAAAAAAUUCAUCGACUUGUUGAUGAAAUAAGUAAAUUAUCUUUAGUUGAUGUUAUGGAUUUAAAUGAAUUAUUAAAAAAAACACUUAAAAUUCAAGAUGUACCAAUUAUGGCAUCUGGAGGAGCUGGUAAUGCACCAGCACCAGCUGCACCGAAAAAAGAAGAAGAUGAAGAAGAAACUGCACGACCAACAGCACAAUCGGUAUUUAAAGUUCGUUUAAUUAAAUACGAUGACACUAAGAAAGUACCAGUUAUUAAACAAGUUAAAGAUGUUGUUGAAAAUAUUAAUCUUGUUCAAGCUAAAAAAUUAGUUGAAUCAAUUCCUCAAGUUUUACGAGAUAAUUUAAGUAAAGCCGAUGCUGAAACAAUGAAAGCUAAAAUUGAAGCUGCUGGUGGUGUGUGUGUUGUAGAGUGA